AUGGAGAUCGACGACGUCCAGCUCGACCUUGAAUCGCUGAACUACGCGGCCACCCACGACGGUGGCGAGUUCGAGGACGACGGGUCCGCCGGCGUGGCGGCCAUCGACCCGGAGAUCGCCGGUGCCGGUGCCUCGGUGCCCUCCUUCCGCCCGCUGACGGCCGGGGAGAUCAGCGGCGGCAAGCGCGAGUCCCGCAAGAUCCCGGUCCCCGGGCAUCGCUUCACCCCGCUCAAGGACAACUGGAUGAAGAUUUACACCCCGCUGGUGGAGCACAUGAUGCUCCAGGUCCGGAUGAACCUGCGCAGCCGUCGCGUUGAGAUUCGCACCUGCGAGGCCACCAACGACCCGGGCGCCAUCCAGAAGGGCGCGGACUUCCUGCGUGCCUUCAUGCUCGGCUUCGACGUCGAGGACGCCAUGGCCCUCCUCCGUAUGGAUGACCUGUACAUUGAUAGCUUCGAGAUGAAGGAUGUCAAGACCCUCAACGGCGACCACCUCGGUCGCGCGGUCGGCCGUGUGGCCGGCCACGGCGGCCGCACCAAGUUCACCAUCGAGAACACCACCCGCACGCGCAUUGUCCUGGCCGAGACGCACAUCCACAUUCUCGGGACUUUCCAGAACAUCGCCGUUGCUCGCGAUGCCAUCGUCAGCCUGAUUCUCGGCUCGCCCCCGGGCAAGGUGUACAACCACCUGCGCGCCGUGUCCACCCGCCUGCAGGAGCGCUUCUAG